AUGGCCGGGGGGGGAGAAGAGUCUUCCCCGGGAGCUGCUGCCCCUGGAGUCAAGAGGAAGACGACGGAACCCACAUCGGAUGGUUCCGCCGUCGAAGGCGCCGCCGCCGCCGUGCCAGCGCCGCCUCCUGCGGAGGAGCCCGCCGCGAAGCAGCAACGGCGCGGGUCCUCACGGACAUGCGUUCACGAGGUUGCCGUCCCGAAAGGUUACGCCUCCACCAAGGUGGAGUCUGUCCACGGCACGAUGGCUGAUCCCUUCUACAAUGGCCCCAUGGCCAAGACCUACCCCUUCGAGCUCGAUCCAUUCCAGAGCAUCUCCGUGGCCUGCUUGGAGAGGAACGAGUCCGUCCUCGUCUCGGCGCACACCUCUGCUGGAAAGACCGCCGUUGCAGAAUACGCCAUCGCUCUCUCGUUCCGGGAGAAGCAACGGGUCAUCUACACGUCCCCCUUGAAGGCUCUCAGCAACCAGAAGUACCGGGAGCUGAGCCAGGAGUUCUCUGACGUCGGUCUCAUGACCGGAGACGUCACUCUGUCCCCCAACGCUAGCUGCCUGGUGAUGACAACUGAAAUUCUCCGGGGGAUGCUCUACAGGGGUUCGGAGGUGCUCAAGGAGGUCGCCUGGGUCAUAUUCGACGAGAUUCACUACAUGAAGGACAGGGAAAGAGGGGUGGUCUGGGAGGAGAGCAUCAUCUUCCUGCCCCCAGCGAUUAAGAUGGUGUUCCUCUCUGCCACUAUGUCAAAUGCGACGGAGUUCGCUGAAUGGAUUUGCAACUUGCACAAACAGCCCUGCCAUGUGGUUUAUACAGAUUAUAGACCAACGCCAUUGCAGCAUUAUGUGUUCCCCAUCGGUGGAGCCGGUCUCUACCUGGUCGUGGACGAAAACGAGCAGUUUAAGGAGGACAACUAUAUGAAGCUGCAGGAAACCUUCUCCAAGCAGAAGGGCCAGAGCAGCGGAGGCCGGAGCGGAGGGAAGGCUUCUGGGAGGAUUGCGAAGGGGGGCACUCCUCAAGCCGGUUCUGAUAUUUACAAGAUAGUGAAGGUAUGCAUUGGGAGAUGAGGGCAAUCCUGUGCCAGGUCUUGCUUAUCAUUUCCAAAACAUAUGGAAGACGUGUGACCUUUCAAGUUUUUUAUCGUUCUUUGUUUACAUGUUCAUGUUCGACAUCAACAUGUUUACUAACUUGCACCUAUUUUCUGGCAAGGUGUUUCUCCUGUUUUCAUCCUCUGUAACAAGUGUAGAGCUAUGUUUCUUCUAUUAUUCACUUUGAACUCGGAAUGAAACCCUUGAAUGUCUGAAGAAAAUGAUGGAUUAUUUUUUGUCCAUGCCUAAAAACAAAAUAGAUCCACUGAUUUUUUUUUCUGAAGGGUGGCUGUUAUGGUAUCUCAGUUGGAUGGUCAUAGAGUAGUUCAAAUGGUGCACGAAGGGUACCAUUUAUGUGCAGUUGGAAAUAAGAAUAGAGAUUUCAGUGUCUGAAGUAAACUGAUUCGUUUAGUCACCGAACUAUGGAUAUUAUCAAAGCAAUUUCUGUCGCUAGAACAAAUCACUCUUUUAAUUGUUCCAUUUGAAGUCAAAAUGGAAUUUUAAUUAGUCUUGCAUACUCAGUCGUUAUUAUUGUUCAAGUGCGAUAUACUAUAGACGCUAUUUUAUUUUCUUUAGAAUAUCUUGAUUGAGUCGAACCAGAAGCAUGCCUCAUCACUAUGUUAAUACCAAAUAAUUUUGUGCACCCAUUAAUAUUCGAUUGGACUUAUCUUUUCUUUAAGGCAUAUAGAUGUGCUAUUUCUUGGUGUACCAUUUUUUGUUAUCUCUGUUUCUCACCCUUACAUCAAGAUUAUGACGUUUCAGUUAGUCUUGCUACAUCUGAGUUAGCUACUUUUUUAUGCUGCAGAUGAUUAUGGAACGAAAAUUUCAGCCUGUUAUUAUUUUUAGCUUUAGUAGAAGGGAAUGUGAACAACAUGCCAUGUCUAUGUCCAAGCUUGACUUCAACACACAAGAUGAAAAGGAUGCUGUAGAACAAGUUUUCCGAAACGCUAUACUUGUCUUGAAUGAAGAGGACAGGUCCUUACCUGCUAUUGAGUAUAUGCUGCCACUUCUUCAACGAGGCAUUGCUGUGCAUCACUCGGGUCUUCUUCCAAUAAUUAAAGAAGUAGUGGAGCUCCUCUUUCAGGAGGGGCUUGUAAAGGCGCUUUUUGCUACUGAAACAGUGAGUCAUCUGAACUCUCCCGCUAUGUUUUAACUGUUUUAACAAACCGAUCUCCUUUCAUUUAUAAAAGCUUUUGUCGUCUUCAUCUUUAGCAUUUUCGCUUUAGUGAACUCGAUAAAUCUUGGUUUAAUGAUCUCGUUAAAAGACUGAUUGGUAUCACCGUGCUCUGUGCAUCUUACUGCAUGGUUUACCGUAAUUUUUAAAAAUAUUGUUUUUUUCCUUUUCUAUGCAUUAGUAGCUGGAAUAUGUUACAUUGUAUAGAGCUGUCGAUUCACAUCAACCAUUCGAUUUGUUUUAUUUAUUUUCAGUCAUGAUUGAGGCCUUUUCUUCUUCACAGUUUGCCAUGGGUCUAAACAUGCCAGCAAAGACAGUCGUGUUCACAUCAGUUAAAAAGUGGGAUGGUGAUAGUCAUCGGUACAUUGGGUCUGGAGAGUACAUACAGGUACAGAAAUACCUCCAGCCACAGUAUUUUUCUGGUUAGGUCUUUAAUGUGAUCCUCUGAUUAAAACUUGCUCUUUGCUGUUACAUCAACAGAUGAGUGGGAGAGCUGGUCGACGUGGCAAAGAUGAGCGUGGCAUUUGUAUCAUAAUGAUCGAUGAAAAGGUGAAACAAUGCAUUUUACUGUUUAGUAACUUGCUUUUUCAAAUUUAUUCUACUGGAAAGCAUAAGAAGCCCAUAUUUUUCUAGAACUGUUAUAUUGACCUCUAAAGUAUUGGAAGUUUCUUCUUGUGAAAAAGAUUAUUUGCUUCAAGAGUCAUCUAUCGUUUGAUAUAUAUAUAUAUAUGGUACUUUUUUAUAGGUUAUUCUCCAUUUUAUUGGUAUUACGGCAAUUUCGUCGCGUCAUUUCAUAAUUGAAACACUGUUCCGUGGAAUAUAUAUCUAUGUUUUUUCACCAGUAAAAGGCUUCAGAUUUUUGUUGAUAAUUAAAUGCCUUGACAGCUUAAAAUAUCAUUAAUGUCGUGAAAGUCCUCUUUGAGGACUGCAUUCCGAUGAAGUAUUUGGUUUCCAUUUUAAAGACAGUAUAUACUAUUGUUGGCAUCCCUCCCCCAAGAAAUGAAACCAUGCUUUUCAUGCCAUGGGUUUUAUGAAAUUUAAAUGGCAUCGCAUGGAUUCGUCUACAGUGCAUGGCAUGAUUAUUCUGCUCCUCACUAGGUAUACUAAAUAGAUUUGUUGUUUGCCUAUGUCAAUGUUAACCCUGCUUAUUCUCUCCCCUGUCUGACAGAUGGAGAUGAACGUUCUCAAAGACAUGGUUUUGGGCAGACCUUCUCCUUUAGUUAGUACUUUCAGACUCAGCUAUUAUACAAUUUUGAAUUUGAUGAGCCGUGCAGAGGGUCAAUUCACUGCCGAGCAUGUCAUCAAGAAUUCAUUUCACCAGUUCCAGUACGAAAAGGUUUUCCCUUUCUUCACAUCAUAUUUUAUUGAGAGGUUUCUUUUGUCUACUAUGAGUCCUUGUAAUUAUAGAAUUGUACACUUUUGGCUUUAGGCACUGCCAAGCAUGGGACAGAAGAUUUCAAAUUUAGAAAAGGAAGCUUCUUUGCUUGAAUCUUCCGGCGAGGUUGUCCCUGGACCUAUGAGCUUAGUUACACUGCUUGACUUGCUAAAGUUUAUUUCUUACAACGUGGAAAACUGUGUUGUGAUGCAGGCUGAACUUGCUGAGUACCAUAAGCUAGAACUUGACAUAGCUGAACUUGAAAAGAGAAUAAUGUCUGAAAUUGCCAGACCUGAAAGGGCCCUACUUUUCCUAUGCACUGGGAGGCUGGUAAGUACGUGCAGUUUGUUUUUCUGUGUUUUCAUUUAUCUUGGUUUAUUUUUCAUCAGAUUCCUACUGCAGGAGAAAUCUCUAUUUUCUAUAUCCUCAUAGCUAGCUGCAUUAUUAUGGUAAUACUGCUACUCGAGGGUCCUCCUUUUAAGUUCGUUUCGGUACUAAGCGUAUCUUUUAUGGCAAUACUAAUUUUGCCUCAUUAUUAUAAGUUCUUUAUGGUGAACAGCGGGAUGACUCUGCCCCUGAAUUUCUUUGAGCCGAAAUGUAUUUCUGUAAACAUCUAGAAACUGACUGCCAAACUGUCGCAACAUUGUCAUUAUAUCAUUGAUUUCAUUACACUUGGAUAAUAUUUUUUAGAUGUGACAGGGAUGUAUAAUGUCCAUGUAUUGUCAGAUGUUAGACAUUCAUCACAUAAAUGUCCAUGUGUGAGGGAAUUUUACAACAGACCAAAUGGGCUAAUUUUUCAUAAACAAUUAUUACGGGUAAAAUUUCUUUCUCUACGGUCAUCCGAAUGGUUUAGGCGACCAGUUUGUCAGAUAUUACACCUUAGGCCAUCAUAUAGAAUGGUGUUGAAACAUCUUGUUGAGAAGGAUAUUCUAUCUUAGACGGCAACAAUCCAGUUUGUAUGAGUUGGGUUGAUUUCUGGUCUGUCCAAGGUGCAGUAAUUAUUUGUUCAGUGAGUAUGACUAUUCUGGAGUUGGAUAGCAUGGAGGAGUUGAAUAUUGUUUGGAUCAAUGCAAUUCGUGUGGAACUGGUAGUAGUAUACUGCUUGCGCUGGGGAAGCAGCUGCUGCCCGGUUGAUGAUUGGUGACAGAUAAUUUUUGGCUGUGGUCCUGUACAGCCAGAGCUAGAAGAAAAAGGGGGGACAUGAAGAAGAAAAAGCAUAAUUUUGUCUUUCCACCGUCAGUUAUUUCUCCUUUUGCUUCUUCCUCCUCUUGCUUUAACUAAGCCUUUGCUGCUUGUCGCUAUCACCAUUUUCUACGAGUAGCUCAUGAGGUUUGGGAACGAUGUAUUUGGACAGGAUGGGGGAUGAUAGGCUUUGAUACAUAGAAAAAGUUAUACAGAAACUAAUUGCAUUUAAAGUGUUAAUCGAUAAAAACACAAAAACUAUGAGGAUAUUCACUUUUAUUUUUUUCUAUGUUACACGAUACCAUAACUGAAGAUUUGGUGCAUCACUACCUCUGUGGGGAAAUUGGUUGAUGCUAUUUAUGCUAUUUUAAUACAGUUUGAAAACUGCGUAGUUGUAUUUAAUAUUAUUCUUUUGUCACUGGUUUAAAACUUUUAUCCUCAGGUUAAAGUGCGUGAUGGGUCCAUUAACUGGGGCUGGGGGGUGGUGAUAAAUAUAGUGAAGAAGCCCCCACCUUCACUGGGGAGUUUGCCAGCUGCACUAGCUGCAUCACGCAGUAAUGCUUAUAUUGUCGACACCCUGCUACACUGCUCUCCUGUACUAAGUGAAAAUGGAUCUCCUCCGAAGCCGUCCCCUCCUCGCCCUGGAGAAAAGGGCGAAAUGCAUGUGGUGAGUUGAAGCUCCUGGGAAGCAACAGUUUUAUCAUGGUUCGUCCAUAUUUCUUAUCAGCUUGGCCAUUCGAGCUUGAAUGGAUUGAUGUUUUUUCGUCUCAUGGGAGUUAAUGAAAUUCAUUCGUGAGAUUUGGUAGGUUCCUGUCCCGUUGGGACUAAUUUCUGCCGUUAGCAGUUUGCGAAUAGCUGUUCCAGCUGAUCUUAGGCCACCAGAGGCGAGGCAAAGUAUACUUCUGGCCGUAAAAGAGCUGGAGAAGCAUUAUUCACGAGGCCUCCCAAGGGUUAAUCCUGUGACGGUACGUACGAUAAGUUGACUUUUUCCAUUUACUGGGGGAGCGGUUUUACUCCAUUCAUAGAUUUGCUUUCACAUGGUGUACCAUUUUUAAGGUUCUCUAAUUCUUUUUCAAAGGCAUUUUUUUCAAGAACUUGCCAUUUUGACAAGCCUCUCUCUAGUCUUUGGGCAAAUUUCACACUGUAUCUAGAGCUCAAAUUAUACUUUCAUCCUACUAAUAUAAUUUAAGCACUAUGGAAACAGCAAGUUGUGCACCUUAAUCAGCUUCAUGAGUUGUUAUUUCUGGAUUGCGCAUACUGAAGAUGGUCAUGUAGACAGUUCACUGCAGUCUUUGAGUACUUGUUCAUAGUUUCUAGAGCAUAAUUUCGAGUCCAAGUGUAGUAUGAUACGUUUGAAUUGAGCUAUCCUCGGAUUGUGGUUGUGCAUCAUGUAUGACUGAAACAAGUUGGGGGAUGAUUGUCGUUACAUAAUUCCCUCACCACAAACUGCAGCAGCUAGCAUGUCUGUGGUUCUAUUUUACUUAUAUUUUUCUCAUGUUUAUUUCCAACACGAAGAUAUGUUGGCAUCUAGCUCUAUGCAACGUUGUUUCCCUUUGGGAAAUAAACAGAUAGAUACUUCUUCAUCUUCCUUAUUGCUCUCAUUACAGUACAUUAGAUGGCUGUUGCAAAUGGGUGUCGUUCGGUUCAAUCAAAUAAGUAGCUGAAAGUUGGGUUCUCGUAAAAAAAAAUUAUCCACAAUUUCUGAUUAAUUUUUAUGGUCUUCAUAUCAGGAGAUGGGAAUAGAGAGUCCAGAGAUUAUUGAAUCGGUGAAGAAGAUCGAGGAACUUGAGAAGAAAUUGUUUUCUCAUCCACUGCGCAAGGUAGGCAUAUGGCAAACUUUUUCUCGUUGACUUAUCAGUCCUGGCAAACGUCAUCCAAUCUUCACCCACUUGUACAUCAUUAAGAAUAUAGUUUCCCUUUCAUCUCUGCAUUUACUUCGCUGUUGCAGGAUGAGCAUGAAUGUUUAAACUGUUUUGAGCCCAUAAAGAGAGCAUUCUGCAUUCCACGUGGGUCCUUCCAUUUGCAUCUGGGUUUCUACGCUCUCUGGUUUCAGUCGAUAUGAGCAUUUCCGUUGACUAAUCUUCUGCUGAUUUUUGGCGGCUGAACUGCUUUGAAUCCUCUAGAGAUGGGAUUGUCCGGUGAGAGUUGACUGAACUUAUCGUCCUCUUCUAUUUUUCCCUUUGGCUGUAGAUGGGGCAGAACGAGCAGCAGUUCAAGUGGUACCAAAGAAAAGCUGACGUUAAUCACGAGAUACAACAACUCAAGUCAAAGAUGCGCGAAUCGCAGGUAUCGUUCGCUGACUUGACUUGCCCACAUGUGAGUCCUCUUGCCAUAUUCAACCUGUUCAACUGCGAGGAUGCUUCUUCCUUAUACGCAGCUACAAAAAUUCCGUGACGAAUUGCGGAACCGCUCGCGGGUUCUGAAGAAACUCGGCCACAUAGAUUCUGAUGGAGUAGUCCAAUUGAAAGGUCGAGCUGCUUGCCUGAUAGAUACAGCGGACGAACUGCUUGUGACAGAGCUGAUGUUUAAUGGUGGGAUCUGCUGCCCUGAGCCUGCUUCACCGCGCUCCAUCACGGCGUCUAGUUUUCUGCAGCUGGGGCGAGGUUUUCAAUCUGAUUAUGUACUUUGCUCCAUCUUCCAGGUACCUUUAAUGAUCUCGAUCCUCAUCAAGUUGCGGCGCUGGCAAGCUGCUUCAUCCCCGGGGAUAAGUCAAAUGAGCAGAUUCAUCUGAGGGGCGAGCUCUCGAGACCGUUGAGUCAACUCCAGGAAAGUGCCAGGAGGAUCGCAGAGGUUCGUAAGCCACCUCACCCGGGAUUGCAGUUUGUCUCGGAGAGUUUGACCGAGCGAGUGUUUGUGAUGCCCGUUUGUCUGUCGCUAUCCAGAUACAGCGCGAGUGUAAGCUGGAGGUCAACGUCGAGGAGUACGUGGAAGCUACUGUCCGGCCGUACUUGAUGGACGUGAUCUACUGCUGGUCCAAGGUCGGUGAAGAUUCUCUCUCUCUCUCUCUCUCUAUCUCUCUCUCUUCUGGGUUUCUAGCUCGUUUGAUUGGGUGGGUUUGCAGGGGGCGAACUUUGCGGAGGUGAUUGAGAUGACUGAUAUCUUCGAAGGGAGCAUCAUACGGCUGGCGAGGAGGCUGGACGAGUUUCUGAACCAGGUAUGGGAUGAUAUAAUUGCUCAGCUGUCGUCGUUUGCAGUGGAAGAUAUUCCUUGGUCAAUGCAUGCGGGAGUCUUCUUCCUGUCGGUCUCACGCCCUCAUCCUCCCGCAGCUGCGCGCCGCCGCCCACGCCGUCGGGGAGGUCGACCUCGAGAAGAAGUUCGAGGCCGCCAGCGACAGCCUCCGGCGUGGGAUAAUGUUCGCUAACUCCCUCUAUCUGUGA